AUGGCCGAAGCUGAUAUUGCACUGAUUGGACUGGCUGUCAUGGGCCAGAACCUCAUUCUGAACAUGAAUGACCACGGCUUUGUGGUCUGUGCUUUUAACAGGACAGUCUCCAAAGUUGAUGAUUUCUUGGCCAAGGAGGCAAAGGGCACCAAAGUGGUUGACGCUCACUCCUUGAAGGAAAUGGUCUCCAAGCUGAAGAAGCCUUGGCGGAUCGUGCUUCUGGUGAAGGCUGGUCAAGCCAUUGACGAUUUCAUUGAAAAACUGGUGCCGUUGUUGAGUGCUGGUGAUAUCAUCAUCGAUGGGGGAAAUUCUGAGUACAGGGAUACCACAAGACGAUGUCGGGACCUCAAGGACAAGGGGAUCUUGUUUGUGGGGAGUGGAGUGAGUGGUGGCGAAGACGGGGCCCGAAACGGCCCGUCGCUCAUGCCAGGAGGAAACAAAGAAGCCUGGCCGCACAUCAAGACAAUCUUCCAAGGCAUUGCUGCGAAAGUGAGCACCGGAGAACCCUGCUGUGACUGGGUGGGCGAGGAGGGAGCAGGCCACUUUGUGAAGAUGGUGCACAAUGGCAUUGAGUACGGCGACAUGCAGCUCAUCUGCGAGGCCUACCACCUGAUGAAGGACGUUCUCGGCAUGGAGCACGACGAGAUGGCCAAGGCAUUUGAGGAAUGGAAUAAGACGGAGCUAGACUCCUUCCUGAUUGAAAUCACAGCCGAUAUCCUCAAGUUCAAAGAUACUGAUGGCAAACACCUGUUGCCGAAGAUCAGGGACAGUGCGGGGCAGAAGGGCACCGGGAAGUGGACGGCCAUCUCAGCCCUGGAAUACGGGGUGCCUGUCACCCUCAUUGGAGAAGCUAUCUUUGCUCGGUGCUUAUCAUCGUUGAAGGAUGAGAGGAUACAAGCUAGCAAAAAGCUAAAGGGUCCCCCCAAGGUCCAGUUUGGUGGAGACAAGAAGUCAUUCCUGGAGGACAUUCGGAAGGCCCUCUAUGCGUCCAAGAUCAUCUCCUACACUCAAGGGUUCAUGCUGCUCCGGCAGGCAGCCACCAAAUUUGGCUGGACCCUUAACUAUGGUGGCAUUGCCCUGAUGUGGAGGGGCGGCUGCAUCAUCAGAAGUGUCUUCCUGGGGAAGAUAAAGGAUGCUUUUGACCAAAACUCAGACCUUCAGAAUCUCCUGUUGGAUGACUUCUUCAAGUCAGCUGUCGAAAACUGCCAGGACUCCUGGCGGCGGGCAAUCAGCACAGGGGUCCAGUUAGGCAUCCCCAUGCCCUGCUUCACCACUGCGCUCUCCUUCUACGAUGGCUACCGACACGAGAUGCUGCCCGCCAACCUCAUCCAGGCUCAUACUUAUGAACUCUUAGCCAAACCAGGACAAUUCAUCCACACAAAUUGGACAGGCCAUGGUGGCAACGUGUCGUCCUCUUCCUACAAUGCCUAGGCAGAUGUUUCCCCAGCCAGCACCAUGCCAUCAACCGGGACAUUCCAUUAGCCACACACCACUGCUUACAGGGCCCUCUGCCCUCCUCUCCGCACAGAUCUUUUCCAAUAAGUGGUGCAAGAGACCCCUGAGCGUCAGCUAGAGUUUAUCUCAAAGUAGUUCUUCGAGAACUGCCAUGCCCUCUGCCCCCACCUCCUGGGACAGGCCAGACAUCCUGGGUGUGACAGCUGCAAGGUAGCUCCGAGCGGCAGCCGGCACUCCCUUGGCCCUAGUACUGGCAACAGCCCUCCCCACACAGACGAGAAGGGUUUUUGUGAGAUUAUAUCUAACUCUGUAUUAUGCGGCUGGUUUUUCCCCUCUACUGAAUAAAAAUGACUUUGUCUUGU